AGAGAAAGAGAAGGGGGCAGGGAAACAGAGAGAAGGGGGCAGUUGAAGUGGUUAACAACCCUUUGCCAGAGAGCGAGAAGGAAUCAUUUCACCUCAGCGGCAGGUAACAAACACCACUUAGCAGCAGGCAGGUACCCCUCCCCUCUUCUCGCCCUUUUGCUUCUCCUCCCGUCCUUCAAAAUCUUUCACCGGCCCCUCUCUUCACCCCUGCGGUCAAAUUGCGAUCCAUAUCUAGAGGGGCCGCGAAACCGAGCUCUUGCUUGCACACCAACACCAGGUGAAUUGAUGAGGUCUUGGAGGGUUCAUGUGGUUCCACGGCCAGGGAACUAAACAGGAUUGGUGUUCUGAAACAAUUGGAGAUGUAUUCAGGCCAGCAAUCUGAUCAAGGUCCUUCUGUAAAUGGUGGCACAGAAUUCUUAGGUGGGAACUGGAAUUCUGUCGCAACACAUCCAAAGAUGGGCUAUAACAGUGGGCCAUAUGGAUUUCAAGCUUACAGCAUGGAGUUAGAAGAAAGACCAGGACCGUACAGAUCUUCUAGUGGCACAUUCUCUCAAAACAUCCAAUUGAGUGUUGAGCCUAGCGGUGUUGUGAAGAAAAGGAAGGGAAUAGAUGACUGCACUUCAUUGCUAAACCCAUCUGCCAGUAGCAGGAUGCAAAAUGUGGGUGAUCAACAAACAGAGGUUUCAUCUCAGACAGAAAGGAAUUCGCUGGAGGAAAACAGAACAAUCUCGCCCAAAAUGCAAAGCAAGGAAGAUUCUUCUGAUGGCGAUGGCACUAAAGAAGAUUAUGUUCAUAUCCGGGCAAAGCGAGGACAAGCCACUAAUAGCCACAGCCUUGCUGAAAGACUGAGGAGAAAAAAGAUAAGUGAGAGGAUGAAGCUUCUUCAAGAUCUUGUUCCAGGAUGUAGUAAGAUCACUGGCAAGGCAGUCAUGCUUGAUGAGAUAAUCAAUUAUGUGCAGUCAUUACAACGACAAGUUGAGUUCUUGUCAAUGAAGCUUGCAACUGUCAACCCUGAGCUUGGUUUUGAUAUUGAGCAGAUUCUAUCCAAACAAAUGAUGCUUUCACAAGAUAGACAUCUUGCUUUCUAUGGAGCUGACCCAGGAUCAAGCACCCUCGCUCAUUUUAACCAAGGAAUCAUGCAGCCAGAUAUGAUGUGCAAUGUUUCCAAUCCUGCGGGUGUUUUGCACGGAACAUUUCACGAAAUCUCCGCAAUGAACCAGAUGCCUGAAAUGUGGGAAGCGCUUCAAAACAUUCCUGAUAUGAACUUCAACCCUGCUGUGGCCGCAGAUAGCAGCACCAACAAUGCUGGUACCAUGAAGAUUGAACAGUGAGCUGCUGAUACAGCUCUGGAAUUGUUCUGUGAAUCUUAAAUCGCUUGCACAAUCAAGUUUUGUAUAGCUGGAGGCCUAACCAUUUGUUGCCGGUUUCCUGAUCUCGCUCCCCGAUCCCGUAGUGUAUAGUUCGGCUAAAGAACUGAUUCCACCGUAAAUUGCUAUUGCGAUUUAGCUUGCCAAAAGCAGGAACCCCACAUUAUUCAUGAAUUCCAAGCUUGGGGCCAAGUGUUGAUGGCUUACUAAAUAGGUAAAGUGGCUUAUUGGCAUUGUUGGUACAAACAUCCAAAAAUAUCAUGGAAACGACUUUGUCAGAAGUUCAAUGAAUGGUGCUGGUGCAUCAUUUGCAACAAGAGAUUUUUGAGGCCACGACCUUUUUCUGUAAAUUUUAUGGUUCCUCCACUUUUACCUAAUUAUGUCCUAAGUAAGAGCCCACGAACACCAUUCCAUCAAUUGAGGCUUAUUCUAGAAAAAAUCAAUUGAGGAUGAUUUUUGCA